UGCAUGGCGCACAGCGGCAGGAGCUGCGCGGAGAGAGAGGAGCGCGCAUUAAAACGCUCUUGGAGAGAUCAGUCAUCAGCAUCAGUCUCCGCCGGCCGGUCGGACCGCAGUCACAUCGCAGUGUAACCUUGUUGGAUGUUGCACUGCAGAGGAAGAGCCGGGACAUUUAAGAAAAGGGCAAGCAACGAGCCAGUACCUGAGGACCGCGCAUGGCCGCACCGGAGCGCGCAGAGAGGGUGAGCGCCUCUUCCCCUGCGCUUGGUGUCAAGAUACAAGUUGGAUGGACAUGCCUAGGAACUGCCGAUUAUUACCUGAAUGUUUUUAAUCACGCCUCCUAAGUUAGCUUCUGAUUUUUGGGUUGAAAUAUUUUAUGCCAACGCAAGACUUCUCCGCGGUGCCGGAGCCGUCCACAUCUGUCCAGCGAGGCUCGUGCGGUUCUUAUUCUAAUUAUGAUAAUAAUAAUCUGAUGGUGAAAUAAAACAAGCUGCAGCUUCUUUUUAAGGACGCCAGUUGAAGAGGACAACCCGAAUGUCUUCUGAGUGGUGAGAAGUCCUUGUGUUGCGCGUGAAGCCAAAGGGCACGCAGAGUAACCUAAAGGAAAAGAAAAUACGCACGGGGAUUACAGCGACCUAUCAGCGACAGCCUGCUCCCGUGCUUUCACAAUGAAGCUCACAUUUAGUAUGUUUUCCUCUACUCUCAAAACGGACUCUUGUGACUUUUUUAUGUGCGCCCAGGUGGGAAUACUGGCUGGAGAGUGUGCAAUUUAGCCACGAACAGAGCGCUGCUUUAAAAGUAAGAUGGGAAAAUAAUGUUAAAAGACAGCACGUAGCAGCCGGGGUGGAUCCGCAUCGAUGCAGGGACCAAUAUCAUCACAGGGACACGCCUAGAAGAUCAUUACACAAACCAGAUAAACGCAGCGCGAAAACCAUCAAUAGGAGCUAUUGAUGAGGUGGUAUAUAAGGCUAAUGAUUGGACAAACAUCUGCUCUCUGAAAAGCUGGCAACUACAUUCCGUGGAACUUUUGUUGAAAGCUUCAUAGUUGCAGCAGGAAGUAAAGGGAGAGAAAGCAACUUUUUUUUUCUUCAAAAAAACAUUUUUAUUGCUGCUUCAGAGUAUUUUAUGUGGACAGUGGUGCCCGGAGGAACAAAUGCAAACAACUGGUGGAAUAAUUCCCCCCCUCAACAAACUACAAUGUUGGCUGUCUGUGCUGCUUCUGCUGGAAUCUAUAAACAUGGCACCAUUUUUUGGUGGAGAGAUUUCUGAAGACGGUUUUGUCGAAUAUUGAUAGCAGCAUUUGUAGAAGUAUGAUGUUUGUGAAGAGGAGCCUGUGGAUGAGCGAAUCUGUGGGAGAGCUGGUCCCGAGACAAUUCAAUUGUCCACCGGCGGGGCUUUCUGCCUAAAACUCUCCACUGCAAAGGCACAGCUGCUGAAGGCUGGGGAUGUGAUGGGGUGACAGCCGACAUCCCCCCCACCUACCCCCUCUCUCACUGUAUUAGCGCCGCAAUAUAAACAAUGGAUCAGAAUUUGUCAACGGUAAGAGAUGGGAAGCAGCUUACAGCAGAGAGAGACUCGUCUAAACGUGUUUUGACAGGAUGCUUCCUCUCCCUGCUCAUCUUCACCACGCUGCUAGGCAACACCCUUGUGUGUGUCGCCGUCACCAAGUUCAGACACCUGAGGUCCAAGGUCACCAACUUUUUCGUCAUCUCGCUGGCCAUCUCCGACCUCCUGGUGGCUAUUUUGGUGAUGCCGUGGAAGGCAGCCACAGAGAUCAUGGGGUUUUGGCCAUUCGGAGCAUUCUGCAACGUCUGGGUCGCGUUCGACAUCAUGUGUUCCACUGCCUCCAUCUUGAACCUGUGCGUGAUUAGCGUCGAUCGUUACUGGGCUAUCUCGAGCCCAUUUCGCUACGAACGCAAAAUGACCCCUAAAGUGGCAUGUCUGAUGAUCAGCGUAGCGUGGACGCUGUCCGUACUCAUCUCCUUCAUCCCCGUUCAGCUGAACUGGCAUAAAGCUCAGACGACCAGCUACGCAGACCUAAAUGGGACGUUCCCAGGGGAUCUGCCCCCCGACAACUGUGACUCAAGCCUUAACAGGACCUAUGCCAUCUCAUCCUCCCUCAUCAGCUUCUACAUCCCUGUGGCGAUUAUGAUUGUCACGUACACCCGGAUUUACCGUAUUGCCCAGAAACAGAUACGGAGAAUAUCCGCCCUGGAGCGAGCAGCGGAGAGUGCCAAAAACCGCCACAGCAGCAUGGGCAACAGUUCCAGCAUCGAAAGUGAGAGCUCUUUUAAAAUGUCAUUCAAACGAGAAACCAAAGUGUUAAAGACGCUCUCUGUCAUCAUGGGUGUGUUUGUGUGUUGCUGGUUGCCCUUCUUCAUCCUGAACUGCAUGGUUCCGUUCUGUGAACCGAACUUGCCGGACGGAUCCACGAACUUCCCCUGCAUCAGCUCCACCACGUUCGAUGUGUUCGUGUGGUUUGGCUGGGCCAACUCCUCACUCAACCCCAUCAUCUAUGCCUUUAACGCAGACUUCCGUAAGGCCUUCUCCAUCCUGCUGGGAUGCCACCGGCUCUGCCCGGGGAGCAACGCCAUUGAGAUCGUCAGCAUUAACAACAACAUGGGUGCCCCUACCUCGAACCCCAACUGUCAGUAUCAGCCCAAGAGUCACAUCCCAAAGGAGGGCAGUAAUUCAGCCAGCUAUGUAAUUCCCCACAGCAUCUUGUGUCAAGAGGAGGAAUUACAUAAGAAAGAUGGAUGCAGAGGGGAGAUUGAGGUGGGGAUGGUGAGCAACACCCUGGAGAAACCCUCCCCGGCCAUCUCUGGGAAUUUAGACAGCGAUACUGAGGUCACACUGGAAAAGAUCAACCCCAUAACUCAAAAUGGGCAGCAUAAAGCUGUGUCAUGUUAAGAGAAAUAUUGGCAAAGAUGGAUCAAAACACACUGAGGCGUGUAUGUAUACACAUCAGGAAGAAAAGCUUUCACGGAAAAACAGCUGACGAUACAUUAGAAAAGACAUCUCUGAGAACAUGCCUGAUGGGAAACCGGGGACAGGAUGUUCAGGCUGUCGAUAAACAUCCACAUGGAAAAACCUACAGAAUGUUUUAAAGUAAAGGCACUUUAUGCUGGAUAUAACUAUCUGCAAAAUACUUUCAGCAUUUAUUGAUGAAAUAGAUACAUUUGAUGAUAAAUGUUGACAAUAUGUAUAUUAAAAGCAGAACACCGGUGCAUAUGUAUACAUUUAUUUUUUAUUUUACAUUUGCAAAGAUGUAUACAUCUGCAUGUGUAUACUGUACAGUAUUGUCAUUACCCUGGAAGGACUUCGACACAGUAUAUUCAGUGGAGGGAAGUGUAGUAUUAGUGAAAUAUCAUGUAGGUGCAGUAGGUGCUUUUUGUGUUCCAUGAAAGAAAGAACAAUAUGGCUACAUCAGUGCAGUAAAAUUAGUUGCUUAUUGUAGAUGUUUCUCUUGAAGACUCUUACAACAGUUUCAUUGCAAAUUACAAAGCACCUUCAUUGCAGUGGUAAUUUGUUUUACCUAAAAUGAAAUGCCAAAGCAACAACGUUCUGAGUCAAACUGAAGGAAGACGUGGGAAGGUGCAACCUGAUCCAGUUUGUGUAUAAAGAUUUCAUUUUCAGACUCGUCCUUUGUAACGUUGCUGUAUCAGUGGGGAUUCAGCUGGAGUUUUAUAAACGCACCAGCAGCUGCGUUGGUGUAAGAGAAGAUGGGAAAAUGGAGAAAGUCACUGCUCUGAUCUUCUUUCUGUUGCCUGUGUCCUGUUUCUGAUCGAUCGUCAGUCACCUGGGACUGAACAUAAUGUCUCACCUAAACUUUCCUCCAUUUCCUCUCUUUAUUGGCCGUCUCCCCGCUGCUGCUUUUCAGAAAAGCUGGCCGGUCUCUUCCUCGUCUCUUCCUCCCCUGUCCCCCGUCUGCUAAUCUCUCUCUCUUCAACGAUGCCCUCCAUCAUCCCUCCAGUUCUCUGUCGGCAGGCUUAUUUGCACCUGCACUAUACCAUCCCUUGAUAUAUGUCUCUCUCCACCAUCAACACCAUCUUAUUUGGCAGCCGUUCAGUUUAAGCCCUUCCUUCUUGACCACCUAAAGUUGCACUGAUGGUAAAUGCAUUACGUUUAUAAUUAAAAAGAAAAAAAAAUGAAUGUAAAUGUGCACAGUAAGACUCGUGCACCUGUACAAAAGAGGAGAGGGUGCAGGUUUACUCCAUCUAAAUGCAAGCGACAGUGACCUUUUGCAAACUUGCAGACAUCCGACUCUGUAAAUUGGUCACGCUGGGAGACAUACUGUGCUGUGGUGGCGAUGGUGGGGCAUGCAGUGUAACACUUACUCUGUUUUCAAGAAGUAGAGUUACAGAGUAAACACCCAAAAGGUAUCAGACAGGUUUUCUGCUUUUGUGCAGCUGCAUUUUUGAAAGAAAUUACUAAUAUUUCAAACCCAAAGAGUUGGGUUAGUCUGAGUGAUAUGGUCUAAGAGAAGAGAAUAUUCAUUCUUAUUACAGAAUGCUACUGAUUUCAUGCAACUAUGUGCUUCUGCAGUAUUGCUUGAGGAAGUUGGGAUUGACAUAAGAAUAAGAAAACUACAAGGGGAAGUGGGGGACAUAGGCUUAAUCUGUUACCACUACUUGAAUGAUAUUAAUCACAGAAUCAUAUUCACUGUUACAGAAAAUCGAAAGCAACUGACAUGCGAUGUGUGUGGCACACAUAGCUAUGAUGGUCAGACAUGAUUAGGUCCCGGGUCAACAUCUAUAUGCCGACUAUUUCAUUUCUAUUCCAUGUUGCUGGGUAAAGAAUUCAUGGCGUCACUGUAUGCUGAGCAUCCAGCACAUGCUGUUUGUGUCCACGAAGGCGUGAAACUGUUGUACAUCAGAGAAAAGAAGAGCCGAUCCAAUAGACAGCAAUUGGUCUUGAAUGAAGCGUUUGAUUUUCCUGCGCUGGAAAAUCCAAUGCUAUCUAGAUGGCAGCAAAGCAGGGGAAAGCUUUUAGUUCAAUACGUGGCUUGGCUCGUGCACCAAAAGCACCUCAUUGUCCUCUUUGUCUCCCUGCAGCCUCCCACUUGCUGCUCCAUCAGUUUGGGAUUUGAUGUCUGCAAAGUGCAAUUUGGAUUAACGCCCGUUGGUUCUAAUUUAAUUUAAUCUUACAAGUGCUAAAGCUACAACAAGUGCCACAUACUGUAACUUCCCCCUUUACCCUCUGCUCCCUGUUCCUGCUCCGGGAUCAGUCAUAUCAGCUCAACGACCCUCCCUUCUAGCUCUGCAUCACUUCUUCUACAUUUACUCCAUCAUUAUUUCCACACACAUGCCAGCUCCAACAUGUGAUAAAACAUGAAGUGUGGAUAAUCGGGAUUGGACGUGAAAAGAAAGCGCCUUGAGGAGGACAGCCCCUCCACACUCCCCCUCCCCCUACCUCCACAGCCCCUCUUCCUCCUUUAUCUCUCACUCCUUUCUCUUGGCUGCCUCUGUCCACUUCAUGAGCGUCCCCGAUGUUAACACACAUGGAAUUCAUUAUUAACAGACACAGCCUUUUUUUGGUUUUUGUAAUUCAAGUCAAAGCGCUGAAUAAAAGGCCCAGCUUGCCCAUUUUAAUAAUAUUACAUUGUUAAUGUUUUUGCCAAAAGUUCUUAUUUCUGGCUGAAUGUGACUGUACUGUAGCAUAUGCUGUGAUUUAACCAGUGUUUAAUAAGCUGAAAUUUGGGGUGGGGUGGGGCGGACACUUACCGGCAUUGAGAUUAUUCUGCCAUUUCUUGGCAUUCACAAGCUUGCCAUGUGUUUUUCAUACAGAUGUCUUCAAUGUUUGUAUACAAUUUACUGGAACCUCCAGCUGAAAGUUGGAACAACGCUGUAUUAUGCCUCUUGCCACCAAUCUAACCCGGCUCCCUCCCCGAGCCUUCAUCCUGUCAGCUCAGUGAGUCAUUCGUGCAGCUGCCACUGCUUUGAUUUGGGAGGAGGGCGAUGUCAGGCACAAGUCCCAGGAGCUAAAUGUUUUGUUUGAUGUGGAGCCUCUCCUCUAGGCCGUCCCGCCGGUUCCUUUGGGGAGCCACGGUGACGAUACUCGAUCACUGAAGUCGACAUGACGUAUGGCGACAUAAGCAAACCUGAGAGUGCCCUAACCCUCCUCCUCCUCGGAUGAGUAGCCAGCAGACGUAGAUCUGAGCAACACUCCUUGGAAACGUGGAGCCAUUUCUAAUAAUGAUGCUUCACCUCAUUUUACUGUCUAGAGUACCGACAGAGUCCCUACCUCAAUUCAGUUUCACCAAAAAAGAAGAGAAAAACAAACAAAACGGUAUCUAUGGCAGUAUUAAGCGUUAGGGACUGCAGACAUGGAGUGUUGUACAAUGAUGUUCAAAAUGUAGUUGUGACAAACACAAGUGCUUUCUAUCUUUCAGAAUCUGUAAUGUGUGUAGCAGACUUACAUGCUGUAUGUUUUCUCCAGUGUGGGAUUAAAAUCUACAGUAAAGCGCUAACGUUACUGGCUAUUUAUAUAUUAUUCUCUUUAUAUGUUUCUGGUGUUCAUCCACGGAAGUGAUGUCAAAGAUUAUAACCCUCUGAGUUAUUUAGUUUACAGUUUGUACAAAAAAACAACAACA